GCUGCAAACGAGGUAAUCGUCUAAUAGACGAUGUUUGUGCGUUACAUUCCAAAUCUGAGAACAACAACAUUGUGAAUAAGUGUUUUUAGUGUAUAACAAGUUCAUACACCUGCCCAUGUGGAAGUAAACCAAGAAAGGAGACCAAUUUGCCAGAGACAGAUAGAGGGGGACACGGCAUCUGCGAGACGUGGGGAUAUCCUGAUCGGACACAUUACAAAAUUUCCCACUUAACUGGAUAUGGUUCAACCAGACAGUAACGACAGUCACUCCUGGACCAGGAAAGCAUCCGAGAAGUCAACACAACAAAGGAGCAGGCGUCGAUCAAGAUCCCCCGAUAAAAAAUCGUCCCAUCAUAGUCGACAGUCUCCGACAAAUAGCAGACACAGGAAACACGGACAUAAAUCUGAACAUAAAGGGCACAGAAAAGACGGCUCACUUUCUCAAUCUCCUAUCCGGCAUGACUCUGCAGAAAAUGAUCGCUACAGGCGUCGAUCAAGAUCCCCUGAUAAAAAAUCAUCCCAUCAUAGGCGACAAUCUCCGACAAAUAGCAGACACAGAAAACACGGACAUAAAUUGAAACAUGACAGGUCGCACGCUCGAAAUAAACAUCAGAGGGAAUCGUCAUCUAAUACUGAUUCAUCGGGAGGAGGGAGCGAUUCACCAUCUUGUGAAAGCAGUGAGGAGAAGCCCGUUGCAAAAGUGCCACUAGGUGGUGCUGUUGUGCAGAUAUCAAAGGAGGAGAGACGACGAAGGAAGGCACGAAUGAAAGCACUGGAGACACCAGAGGAGAAACGAGCUAGGCGACUUGCUAAGAAGGAAGCUAAAGAAAAAAAGAGAAGGCUUGAAAUGGGAUGGGACAAAGAUUACCUGGGUUACACAAACACUGAUAAUCCAUUCGGUGAUGCCAAUCUCCUUGAAACAUUUGUAUGGCAUCAAAAACUCGAGAAAGAGGGAAAAGCUGACCUGCCAAAACAUGAGUUGCAGAAGAUGGGGUUAAAAAGUCAGGAAGCCAAUAAGAUAGAACUGGAGAAGGUCAAAGAGAGGCGACUACAGCGAGAGCAAGAACUUCUGCAGAGGGACGAAGAAAUGCAAAUGGAGCAACGAGCAAGGGAAGCAGAUCAGUAUAAAGAAUGGGAGCAUCAGGAGGAAAAGUUUCAUCUCCAGCAAGCUAAGCUCCGAUCAAAAAUACGAAUUCAAGAUGGCAGAG